AUGAACAUGCUGACCGAGACUUACCUCCUGGAGUCUCUACGAUUUGAGUUGAUGGAUGAACGGUAUUCCAGAAUCUCCAGAGCACAUCAAAGUCUGAUUGAUGCGCACAAGAGCACCUUUGAUUGGAUCUUCACAAAGCCUGGCCCGGGGUUCGUGGACUGGAUGAGCACAGAAGGGGGAGUCUACUGGAUCAACGGAAAGGCGGGAUCCGGCAAGUCAACAUUGAUGAAAUACUUGUUCGAGAAUCCCGCGCUGCGGCAGAUAUUGUCCGCCUCUGAUAGCUCAUGCCAAUGGGCCAUAGCUGGGUUCUUCUUCUGGUCGGGAGGAUCACAGAAUCAAAGAUCACUAGUUGGCCUCCUCCGGACGGUUCUCUAUCAGCUAUUCAAGGAAUGCAAGGAUCUCAUCAAUAUCGCCUGCACUGAGGAACGAGAACAGGUUCGCUCCGUACUCAACGAAGUCGUCAUGCAGGAUUUGGCUAGGAGGCGGAAAAGCCCAGACCGGCCGAAGCUACCUCCUACUUCUACUCGCAAAUAUCUCACCGAGGCCCAUCAACGAUUGAGCUUGAACUGGGAUGUACCCCGUCUACUCCAAGCCUUGGGUGCUGUUCUCUCCCAGGAAGACCUUCCGGUUAAAUUCUUCCUAAUGAUUGAUGGCCUCGAUGAAUAUGAAGCAACGGAGGAUGAAUUGGAACAUUUGAUCGAGCUUUUGAAGAACAGCACCAAUCCCAAAGUCAAGAUUUGCAUCUCAUCACGACCCUGGACCAUUUUCGAGAGACAUUUUGGCAACCACCGCUACCCUACUCUAUUACUCCAGAACCUUACCUACAGCGAUAUCAAGUUGUUCGUUUUCGAUUCUUUCAACCGGUCAGACAUAUUUCAAAGCUUUCUCCAGGCCCAUCCAGAACGUAUGCACGACUUUGGUAUCAAGAUUGUGCGAAAAUCGGAUGGCGUGUUCCUCUGGGUUCGUCUCGUGGUCAAAGCUAUCAUCCGAGGUUCUCAAAACGGCGAUCAACUUUCAGACCUUCAAGCUCAUCUCGACGAGCUGCCUGCAGAUCUUGAGCGUCUCUAUCGACAUAUGUUGCUUCGUAUCCCCCAGCGGUACCGAAUUCGCUCUGCCCGGAUCUUCGCCAUCGUGCACGCGGCAACCGAGCCGCCAUUGGCCCUUGCGCUCUGGCAUUCCGGGGAAGAAGUAACCAACCCAAUGGAAAGACUCACCGAUGACAUCAAGCUUGCCCGUUGUUAUCAGGUGCAUUUACGACUGAUGAGUCAAUGCGCCGGGCUAUUGGAAAUGCGUAUCUCUGGUAGCAAUCACGGGAAUCACGAAAAUGACGAUCCAGAUCUCAUGCGGCCAGAAGGUUCCUGGUCAUUCUCAAAUAAACAGCUCUACUCGUUGCACUCUCGUGUACACUAUAUGCAUCGGACAACUAGAGAUUUUCUCCAAACGAGCGAGAUUCAAUCCCUCUGUUCGGACUGGUUGCAGGAACAGAAUGGCUUUGAUGCACACCAGUGGCUUGCUGUACGGACCCUGGUAGACCUCUUGCGAGUGCAAAUUCGGAUUCGGGAGAGCAAGACUGAGGAUCCGGAUGAUAUUUAUGAGUUUUAUGGGUUUGAACUUGACACUGUGGAGCGGCAGUUGGUAUAUCAUGCGGAUAAAGUUGCGAAUCGGAAUAUUCGGGCUCGCAUUGUCAAGCUGCGAGCUACGAUAUCUGAUGGGGCCAAGGGGGGAUCCGUUGAUAUGAGCCAGAUAACUACGGGUUUGCAUUUUCUUCUUGAGAAUUCAGAAAAGGGGAAUGCGCCUUCAAACUGUCUGGUCAUGUGA